UAAUAUUAUGAAACUGCAGCUGCAGCUCGGAGCUCCGAUAGACGAUAGUCUGGUAAUUAUUAAUUAUUAUUUAUAUUUUAUUAUAAUAGAAUAUUGUCAUUCGGUCAUAUUUUGGUCGUCGCGGUUGCCGACCGACGAGACUACGAGACACCUAUUCGCAUUCGAAAAUGGGCUCGGAACAGAGUUCGCAAUCCAACGCCUCCGAAUCGGGCUCGAAAAAUCCGAAACUGAAGAGAGGCAAAUCUGUGCCCGAGAGUUCUUGGCCUCGGAAUUCGCAAGAUGGUCAGCAUAGCAGAGCGGCCAGCACAAACACAUCACCCGGUCACAGCGUGUGCAGCGACGUCGACUUGCCGUACAUAUCGUACAUGGUCAACCGGCCAAUCGGAGAUUCACCGAAGAAACCCAGCAUCAUGAGCCGAGGCAGAUCAAUGCAGGUAGAACCUCAGCGAUCUGUGAAGAAGGCCCCAAAGUCUACGCCUAAGCACAACAUUGUGGUGGUCAGGGCGGCUGUACAAGAAAACCCAGACAUAGAUGAGGACCUGUUUCGAAUGAAGCAAGUACCAUCAUUUUUGCCAAUAAUACGAGGCACUGUAUCUUUGCCAGCAGCCAGAGAUCGAGAAGCUUUAGAGAGAAUUGAUUCCAAUGCAUUUUACAGACUGUGUCAACUUUAUCAGGCCUACAUGAGCCGCUGUGCAAAAGCAGUGACUGCAGAUCAAACUUUGAUCAAUAAACAAAUUUUGGAGAUCGACAAUGAAACCACACAAGUGUUAAAUUUAUAUGUAGCGUCAUACAAACAAUAUGCCAAAAUCAAUGAGCAAUUCAAAUGCAUCAAUGACAUGAAUAAGCAACUGAAUUCCUGUCAUCUGUUGUUAAACAAGACGCUAGACUCUGUACAGCUGUUAAAUAACAAACUACCUCCAGACGAACGGUUGGAACCAUUUGUGUGGACGACAGGUUAAACAAUGACUGAUCGCAUCAUAUAUGUUCACCUUUACUAGUCUAACAUAUUUUAUAUACAUUUCAAUUUUUAUUUUAUUGUUAUUUACUUAUAAUUGUUUUAGCGUUUAGAAAUCUUUGAUCUGUGUGAAUUUUUAUUUGUUUAAGUAUCCAUGGUAAAUGAAAUGAUAGUUUUGUAUACACAUCCGGAUAUCCUGGUCGGGCACAUCCAGACCCAAACGAUGUAAGACCGGCUAAGAACCAUCGACCAUUGGGACCUGAACAUUGCAAUGGUCCUCCAGAAUCUCCCUGAAAUAUGUGCAAUGAUCAUAUAGUUUUAAUUAGCUCCUUAAACAAUACACCUGAUGUGUGUUUGUUCAACGUACCACACACGGUCCACCACCUUUUCCGUCCAUUCUGCCAGCACACAAAUGGCCAUCAGUUAUUGGCACGGCUGGUCCAUAUUUGUCUCUACAAACAGAUGUGUUGUGCACAGGCACUUUGAUCUGUCGCAGUUUACCUGACAACGGUCCAUUUGGUUUGACUUUACCCCAUCCAGUUGUGACACACACCUUUGGAAUUGGUGUGUUAUUUGUAGAUGGUGGUAAACACAAGCAACGUACAUUUGUGUUAGUGAUAUUUGUCGGCCUAGACAGUUUCAUUAAUGCUGCGAAAUUCAAUUGUUAGUACCAGUAAAAUUAAACUAUUGUUUUGGAAUUUUUUUCAUAAUUAACCUAUAUCAUUUUGGUAAUUGUUAAACUUGUCAUGAACGACCACUUCAUCAAUGGGUAUACGCUCCUCUGUGUGCUCUUCUACAUCUCUAUUCCAGUCGCCUAGCACAGCAGUCCAAAGAGCUGCCAACGGCAAGCUAAACUUUUCACUUGCGAUCAAAAUUUAAUUUUUAAAGUUAAUACUUAACACACAAUUGUCAAUACCUUUUAUAAAUAAAAGCUUACUUUCUGAUGCAGUGAGCAGCUGUCAACACCCAAGUAGGUCUGAUCAGUACGCCGGCACACCAAUGGCCAACAAAACCAAAUGCUGGGUGAAGUAACUGUAAAGAUACCUAAAAAAAUGAAUGAAAAUAUGUUUAAUAAAGCACACCUUCGGAGCUAAAAUAUUACAACUUUACAAUUUAUUUAUUUAUCAUAAUUAAUUUCAAUAUUAAAAUUAUAUGUUUAUUUGUUAUAAACGAUUAUUGCAACUAAUGUUUAAAAUUGAAAUGAACUCUUAAAAAGUUAUUAUCAAUAUUACCUAUUACUAAUUAAUGUAAUGUAUUAAUGAUUGUUUUAUUUCUUAUCAUAAUUUAUAAUGUUAUUUAAAUUUAGUUAUUGAGAUUGUAUAUUAUAUUAACUAUCACAUCGAGUUUGCUUGUGUCUUAAUAUCAAAAACAAGUAUAAAAUAAAUUGUAAAGCCAGAUUCGCAGCUAUGUUGUGUGUCAUAUCGUGCUAAGGUGUGGUAACUAUAUUUACAACUGGUAACCAUAUUGGCAUAUUGGUUUAAAAUUUGACCUGUAGUAAUCUCUUGCUAUACUCGGUUGCAACUUGGAUAUUACAUAACACCAAAAAAGUAAUGUCAAAUAACAAUACUAUUUGAUAGACACAACAACACACGACAUAGUUGAAUGUGCCUUAAGUAUUUUAUAAAUCUACUAUUUCAAUGUAUCACAUUAAAACACUGUUUUUUAAUAUUAAUUUUAUAAUUUUAUAUUAAAUUGAACAUGAUAUAUCAACCAUUA